UGCCCAUAACCUCAAUCUCAAUCCCGAAGUGCCCUGGGAAAAUUGGUGAUUUUGCUGUAUUUCCGUGAAUUUGUGUUGAAAGUCUGGUGAAAUCAGACUCAAUGGCUAACAACAAUGCUCCCGGAGAUUGUGGGAGUCUCGAAGAGGAGGUGUGGAACGAAUUAAUAGGCAUUCCGUCAGACGUUCCGGAGCAUCGUGAUGUCUGCGAGAGAUGCAGGCGCCCCAUGACAGUCUGCUGGUGUCCCCAUUUACCCACCACCCCUCUGAACCCGGAAUCCCGUGUGAUAAUCCUGCAGCAUCCGGCAGAGGAGAAGAGAUGUCUGCAGACAGCCAAGAUGCUCUCCCUGGGCUUGGCAAAUAACAAAUGCCUUGUCUUCAGGGGCAAGAAGUUUCCCUCGCCAAAGCACGAGACUCUCCUGCGGGAGAUUCUGGAGGAUCCGCGCUCCCUGCUGUUGUAUCCCAGUAAGAGUUCAGUGCCCUUGGAGGAUGUGCCCACUCAAGACGGCCCCUUUAAUCUCAUCCUGCUGGACGGAACGUGGUCCCAGGCGAAGGCCAUCUACGCCAGCAACUCCUCCCUUCACCAGAUGCGACAGGUGAAGCUAAUCACGACUGGGAACAGUAAUUACGUGAUAAGAACUCAGCCGACUGAAGGGUGCUUGAGCACUCUGGAGGCGGCGGCGGAAGUGUUGUCGAUUGUAGAGCAAGAUUGCAUGUACAGAGAACAACUACUGAAGCCACUCCAUGCCCUCUGUGAUUUUCAAUUGCGCAACGGCGCCGUAACGCAUCAAUCGAAGGAGUUUCUCGUCAAGACCAACAAAUAUCCCAAAUUGAUUGGUCGCCGACUCCGAAAGCUGCUCAGGCAAACAGAUGCCGCAGAAGAGGAGGAGAAGUAGGGGAUUUUAUGGUAUAUUUGGCAUAGCCCCAAUCCUGACAAAGUACGGCAAAACAUCCAGAGGAGCUCUGUAGCUCGGCAGCCACCGCGGACCCUGAAAAACUGUACUGUUGUCAUUGCCAUCCCUCCAGAUCCCGUACGGAAGGAAGAUGCCACGCUCUGUAGUGUUUGGAUGCAGCACAGGAGCCACAAUUACGUCAUCCCCCAAGAGAUACUCUGAAAUAAAGAUAAGUAGAAUCAAUGAUUAUGUCUAAUUGG